CUGCUUACUGCAGGAGACAACUGCGCCUCUUAAGGCGGAAGUUUGAUCUUAAAUGAAAAGUGAAACUGUACAGAAUUAGGGGAUAUCCAGAAUCCGACAAACAUUUAAACCCGAGCUCAUCAUUUUUUAUAUAUAUGUAUAUAUAUUCACGACUAAACAGUGUAAAGCUGCUGGUGUUACAGUUAAUGGUGUUUGGUGUUUGUUGAAAUAUCUCGUCAUGCUUGAAAUCUUCAUUUUCGCUUCUCUGCACGCGUUGGCACAAGGUGUGCAGGUUGCAGAUGUGAUGCUGUCCUGCUCCUUCAUUGAGGAGGGGGGAGGAAUGACUGGAGCUCACUUCAUACGCUCCCCUGCCACUGUGGUACUAAGGGACCUUCCUAUGAACUCUGACCUCUCACCAGAAACCAUCACUCCCUACAUCCCUCCUGUCACCCCUAACGCUGAUGACCUUAUUUUUGAGGCCACGGCGUCAUCAGUGGAGAUUCCUGAAGCAGAGUCUCUUCUCCAUGCGGACUGUAAUGAACAGGAAGUGAUUUGUGAAUUGAGUCGUUAUAUCCCCCGAGGCACAAAACCGGAUUCUGUACCUGUUUAUUUCAUCGCCUCAGUCCAGCUGGAAGGAGGCGGUGUCGGCUUCACUCUGGUGCUACAGGCGAUAGCCAAUGAGAAUGCAGAAUCAAAUACUGCAUCACUAAUACAGAGCAAACUUCAGCUUCCUCUGAGCCAGUGGGGAACUCUGAUCACAGAGGCUGUGUUUGUGGUGUUCUCUCGCUCACCUUCCGUCGCGACCCCUAUAGGAGAAGACACUGUAUUAGACUGUGGUUAUAGGCAAAGGGACAUCCCCGCAGAGCAGAAUUUGGCUCUUGAGUGGCGCUGGCAGUACAGAGGACAAGGGCGGACCAUUCUGGAUAUGAAAGAGACUGAGGCAGGGACACUUGUGGAAGUGGAUCGAGAUGGAGCGAGUGCAAACUCAACCUUGCUAGUUAGAGACGGAAAUGCAUCUCUGACCAUGAACAAGUUAAAGGUCUCAGAUGAGGGCACAUACAUCUGCACCAUUAACUCUGGACCCUUUCAGACCCAGCAAAUAGUUCAGCUGAACAUCAUACAACCACCCAGAGUUUUUUUCUCAGAAAACAAAAUAACAUUUCAAGAUGAGUCUCCACGUAGACUGAGUUGUCACUGUCUGCAUUAUUACCCCCUAGAUGUAAAGGUGGAGUGGUUUUCUCAGCUCCCUUCAGAGACAGAGAGCAUCGACCUGACAGAGGGAGCCUCUUCCUCCAGCCAUCGGCAGCACAGUGAUGGGACGUUCUCUCUUUCAUCCUUCCUCAUCGUCCAACCAUCUGAACACCCUCCUGGUACUGUGUUCACCUGCAGGGUCUCUCACGUUGCCCUGCAAACUCCCAGUGAAGUAAACCUGACAGUACUCACACCUGAGCCAGGUCAAUUCAGCAAUCUGGGGGAAUAUUAUUGGAUGAUUCUGGUGACACUGAUUUUGUCAAUAGUGUUUUUAUAUCAAGCUUCAAGAUAGGUUCUGAAGAGCUUAAUGGGUGGCAUGGUGACUCACAACUCCAGGACCUGGGGGUUAAUCCUGAGCUCAGGUUACUGUCUGUGCCGUUUCACUUCUCCUUGUGUCUGUGUGGGUUUGCUUUAGCUUCCUCUCACCUGUGUGUGUGUGUGUGUGUGUGUGUGCGUGCGUGCCCUACAAUGGACUGUAAAGUGGCUACUCACAUAGACCAUGUACUUUUUUAUGGGAGUAUGUAUGGAUGUAAAUGUGAAUUAAUUUAAGUUGAAAUGUGAACACUGAAAUAUA